CCGCUCGUCCUCAGGGGGACCAGGAGCCCUGUCUGCUUUUACUUUGAAGGGCUUAAACGGAAGUGGUGUGUCACUGUGGCUUCCGGAGGAGACUGAGAGCAUCACAGACCCGCAGCAGCUGGACCGACACAUCUGGACCGGAACCAACCUGCAGACAGACAGGUGGACCGGAAGAGACAGACAGGUGGAUCCGCAGACCGGCACGGACCGGCACGGACAGACAGACAGACAGACAGACAGACAGCUGUCUCUCGCUCAGCAUCCUCCUGUCUCUCUCUCCUCAGGUCGGGUCGGUGUUCCGGUCCGGUCCGGACAGCAUGGCGGAGGAGACCCGGGUCAUCUACCACCUGGAGGACCAGGAGACCCCGUACCUGAUCCGGAUCAACGUGCCCGCGCAGCGCGUCACCCUGGCGGACUUCAAACAGGUUCUGAACAAACCGAACCUCAAAUUCUUCUUCAAGUCUGUGGACGACGACUUCGGCGUGGUCAAAGAGGAGAUCAGUGACGAUGACGCCAGGCUGCCCUUUGUCAACGGACGAGUCGUCUGCUGGCUCGUGUCAGCAGAAACCUGUCAGUCAGAUUUCAGGGGGUCAGACCUUCAGUCUAUAGCCACGCCCACCAGCGUGGCUCCGCCCCCCAUAGAGAGGACAGGUGGGAUCGGAGACUCCAGACCUCCGUCCUUCCAUGCGGCUGCUGUGAUUGGUCAAGACGAGCUGAUGGGGUCAGAGGUCAAUCGAGUUGGCCGUCUGAAUGGCCACGCCCAUCAAACAGCUGAGCAGAACGGGGCAGAGCCAACAGGUGGAGGUGACAGCUCGUCAACCCAACAGAGCAGCCAAUUAGAGACGACCAGUUUCUGCUCAUCUGAGGAAGACUCAGGAGGAAGGUUCAGCCAAUCAACAGGACAGAGCAGUUCCUCGCCGCGACUUGUCAGGCGACAACGCCGCCGCCACCGAAAACCCAAAACACAACGGAUGGAGAGGUCUGUCUCUUUCAGCAGUGUCACUGACUCCACCAUGUCUCUGAAUGUCAUCACAGUAACUCUGAACAUGGAGAGGUAUAACUUCCUGGGUAUCAGUAUCGUGGGUCAGAGUAACGACAGAGGAGAUGGAGGCAUUUAUAUCGGCUCCAUCAUGAAGGGCGGAGCGGUGGCAGCCGACGGACGCAUCGAGCCCGGAGACAUGUUACUACAGGUGAACGACAUUAACUUUGAGAACAUGAGUAAUGAUGACGCUGUCAGAGUCCUGAGAGAGAUCGUCCAUAAACCGGGUCCGGUGACGUUAACGGUGGCAAAGUGUUGGGAUCCGAAUCCACGAGACUGCUUCACUUUGCCGAGGAGCGAGCCGGUCCGUCCAAUCGACCCGGCUGCCUGGGUGUCACACACUGCCGCCAUGACAGGAAGUCUCCCCCCACACUACAGCGUGCACGAAGAAAACCCGCUCACUAUCCACAGUGACAUGACCGCCAUUGUCAAGGCCAUGCUGAACCCGGAGUCCGGACUGGAGGUCCGGGACCGGAUGUGGCUGAAGAUCACUAUCCCCAACGCAUUCAUCGGUUCUGACGUGGUGUGCUGGCUCCACCGUAACGUGGAAGGUUUCACCGACCGCCGCGAAGCUCGCAAGUACGCUGGGAACCUGCUGAAGGCCGGCUACAUCCGCCACACCGUCAGCAAGGUGACCUUCUCCGAACAGUGCUACUAUGUGUUCGGAGACCUGUGUGGAGAUCUGGGUCUGAUGUCUCUGCUGGACCCUGAAGACGCUCCAGGUCCUGGAGGACCAGACGGAGACCUCCAGGCUCCAGGUUCAGGACUUCAGUGGCCUCCAGCCUUCCCCUACCAGUACCCGGUCUCUCACCUGUACAGCUCCCCUCACCCCCCGGCCUCUGGAGGAGGAGAAGGAGGGGGGGGUCAGCACAGCGAUGGUGAACGAGGAAGUCGUAGCAGUGGCUCAAACUGCAGCGAUGGUCUGAAGGACGAAGCCGGAGGUCGAGAGAGUGAAUCAGAGCCCACCAGACAGGAAGUGAGCGUCUCGCCCGACAAACAGCUGACGGCAUCGGACUCCCCCGGCGACGGCCCGACCUCAUUCUCUGGUCUCCAUGGUAACAAAGACUCAGAGGACGUGGCGCCGGCUCCGUCGCCGUCUGGAGCUCAGCGUCGAUCCUUCUGCCUCGCCGUGGGAAACCCCAGUGACUUCUUUGUGGACGUCAUGUGACAACGACGACGAUGUCACUGUCAGUUAUCAAAGUUCAGUUUAAAUGUUUGAACUCAAUUCAGGAGAAUCUAAUUUAUUUAUUUAUUUAAUUAUUUAUUUUUUAUUAUUUAUGUAUUUAUUUAAUUAAUUAAAUCUCUUGAUGUAAUUUAUGUAUUUAUUUAUUGAUCAUCCACUGUGGACGGCCUGAGCGGGCCGUCAGAACCUCUCAGCCGGGUCAGCACCGCGGGUGAUGCUGACCAGUCCAGGUUUCUGAUUGGUCGUGACGUUGUGGCUGUUUGUGUGGACCAAUCAGAAAGAACUAGAUCACCCGAUCUGUCUCCACACAACCUGUCUGAGCCGCUCUGCUGAUCCUACGGAGCCCCUAAAGGGACAUGGUGAAAGAAAAAAAAAUGGAAGUGUUUCUGGUGCGCACGAG